CACGGCGAAAGUGUUGCCAGAGUGAUUUGGCAGAACAUGUAAUACGUCGAGCGGAUCUAUCGAGCGUCCAUCUACGCUCUUCCCUCACCUCGCUGUCGCCCUAGUUGUGUUUACCCAAGUCCCAGUGGGCGGAGUCAGCUGAGUGUGUAUCUGUGUGACAGGAGGAGGGACGAAGGUUGCACCUGUAGCUCUACACCUGACUACCAGAGAGCGAGAGACAGAGAGAGAGACAGAGAGAAUAGACUGUACAAGGGAGGACGAAGAAGACGAAGGGAAGGAUAGCAGUAAAAGGAUAAGAGUGGAAGAGGAUUUUGGAGUGGCAAUGAUCUGAUAUUUGAGUCGAUAAAUUGGUCUUUCCUAGCAGGGUUUCUCCCAUAAACUAUUAAGCUUUGGGAGGAAGGUCGUCUCCAGAUCUCUACAUAUAUACAGAUGAUUACCUCUUCAACUGACAGAAAGUGGACUUCAGACAGAACGAGCUUCCUUGGGCCCCUCGUACCAGUUAGUAAUAAGGACCUUUGAACACUGAGCCUUUUGACCACACACACACACACUGGGCCCCUCCAUUCUUCCAUCCCGCUCUCCCUCCUCUCUGCGUGUGUGUGUGGUCAUGGCUGACCCAUCGCCUGGCUGGUGGAAGCUCACCUUCCUACGUAAGAAGAAGUCGGAGCCCAAGGUUCUGUACGAGAUCCCAGCGGAGUACGGCAGCAAUACCACACCCCACAGUGGAGCCCCCGGGCCAGUAGAGGGCGCCACAGAGGACAGCCAAUUGAACGCCCGUCUGGAGAGGAUAGUGGAUAAGACGGCCACCAAGGGACGCCAUGUCAAAGUGUCCCACUCAGGACGUUUUAAAGAGAAGAAGAAGAUCAGGGCCACGUUAGCAGAAACUCCCCAUCUGUUCCCUGGUCACGAGCCUAGCGACGAGAAACUCUGAGCUGGGAAAGGAGUUCACAUACACACAUGCAAACACACCAAAACGUCAUGUCUUUCUCUAUCAAACUAAUUUGUGCACACUCAAACACAGAAGACUUUCUCUGCCUCUCCCUCAAACACUGGUCUCACCAUUUCACACGGUCCCUCUAUCACACUCAGUGACACACACAGAGACGAAAGGCAGUGCAUCCCAUUAGGCCAUGGCAUUUUGUGUCAAUCCAGUCAGAGAUCUCUGUUCUAUAUUCCCUAGAAAUCUGGGACUGACUGAGAGUCUUUGUAUGCAUCUUAGUAUCACACCCUCUCUGUCUCUUCCAUCUAUAAUCAGUGGAGCAGUGGAAGAAUGGGACACCUGAUUCUCCCCUGUCUGUCUGCAUCCUACCUAGGCCAUGAAUACAUAAACAGACUACUUUUAAUAAGGUGCUAUUAGUCAUCUCCGAUUUUAAAUAUUCAACAGGUCAUAGGAACAGGGGGAGUUUCAGGUCAUGCGUGUUACACUGUACAGUCAUUGUACGGUACAGAAUGUGUACUUUACUGGUGUUGCUAAGUUUCUCGUCUGUUCAAAAGCAAAUAGGUAACGUAUCAAACAGACGUUGUUGUUUGCAUAACAGCUUUAUGACCUAGAGGGCAUGGUUACUGGCUGUUGGAGGUUGACUGGUUUCCAUAGCAAAAUACUAUGUCACGUGUCAUUCGUAGACAUGUCACCUCAAAAAUCUCAACCUCAAUUGUUCUAAAACGAACCUGAGUUUUAAAACCUGAGUAUAUAUUGUCCUUUUUUUUCUU